CCGGAGCAAUUGCAGCUGCCGAGGAGCCAAACUCGGUGGCUGCGAGUAUGUUGGUCCAGCGUCCCCCCCCAUCCCCGACCGUCAUUUGAUUUGUCCUAAGGGAUAACCGCUGACUGGGGUGGCGUCUCCAAGCCGAUCCUUUGCUGAUAAGCCUGGUGCCGAGUCUUCAGCGUGAAGACAAAAGAGGAGUUUUCUCUUCCCAGUAGGAUUUUCUGCUUUGAAUGACAGAGAAAGGGGGAAAACCAAACCGCUUGGCGCUCCUUGCGGGCGAGACGUUUCAGAGGCUCCUUUCCCCCUUCCGCGUGCCGGGACACAAUGGAGCUUUUCAAGCUGAGUUUCAGUUGCAUUUGCCUCCUUCCUUGGCUUGAGGUAUCAGAGGGGCAUGGCUUCCUCAUAAAGAACACCCGGCUGGAAAAGUGCAUUCACAUCUCUCACCACGAGCCUGACAGCAUCGGCCUGACUGACUGCAAGCUGCACUCCCAGCAGCAGCAGUGGAGCUGGAACCCCACCACCAAGACCAUCGUCAGCCUUAAAACGAAGCAGUGCUUGUCGGCCCACAAGACGCACAAGUAUGUGCUGGCCAAGUUGGAGCCCUGUGGGGCCUGGGAACGCCAAGCGUGGGCCUGCAGCAAGAAGGGACACUUGACUUUGCAAAGCCUGGGCUUCCACCUCAGCACCAAGGAAGGAGGCCAUAAGGUCUUUGUCUCAAGGGAGAAGGACAAGUACAGUAAGUGGAAGACUUUAGCAGAUGAAACCAUCUGUGCUGCUGCCCGGAUGGCAGCUGCGAGGCCUGGUGAACCAACACAAGAAGCUGUAGACAGACUGGUCUGGAUAUAUGAAACUAAAACCAUUGAGUCCUCAAAGACCCAUGCUGCGGACAGGGAACCUUCCAUGGGCUUGAUCAACCCACCUCUGACUACCGAAUUUAACAGUACAGCUUCUCCAGCGAAGACUAAACAGGCACACCUCCCAACAAACGAGGAUCCAUCCCACAGUUACUCUAAAAAGCACCAUGGAAAUCGAGGGAAAAGCUCUGGGACCAGGCUUGGAGGCACCAACUGGAAGACAGCCAUGCUAGUCCUCAGCCCCUUGGCAUUCAUACUGGGAUUAAUAAUACUGACGCUGAAUGUUCAUUACAACAAGAAGAAGAAAAUCCUCUCCGCUUUGAAGAGCUCCCCACAUAGCAGCAGAGUUGACUUACGGGAGCAGCCUCCACCACCAAGAGGCCCACAGCCAUACACUCCCCCGUCUCGCUCCCCUUCCUUGAGGCAUGGGGAGAUCCUCAUUGAGUGGAAAGACGGGACUGUCACUCCUCUUUUUGAUAAUGCCAAUUAUCAAAUGGACUAGCUCCAAAAUAACUGAGCUGUUGU